GUGGGGGCGGAGUCAGAGUCGUGUUGUUGUUUAGAGGUUCUGUGGAGAACCCGUCGUGGUUUAGAGGUUCUGUGGAGAACCCGUCGUGGUUCAGAGGUUCUGUGGAGAACCCGUCGUGGUUUAGAGGUUCUGUGGAGAACCCGUCGUGGUUCAGAGGUUCUGUGGAGAACCCGUCGUGGUUCAGAGGGAACAUGUCUGCGGGGAACACGGAGCCGUGGGGAAGCUUCGAUGACCAGCUGGUCCAGGGCGGUGGCUCGGCGGUCAUCGACAUGGAGAACAUGGACGACACGUCGGGCUCCAGCUUCGAGGACAUGGGGGAGAUGCACCAGAGGAUGAAGGAGGAGGAGGAGGUGACGGAGGAGGCCAACGCCGCCGACGACCACGGCGCCGAGGACGGAGAGUUCCUGGGCAUGAAGGGGUUAAAGGGCCAGCUGGGCCGACAGGUGGCGGACGAGGUGUGGCAGGCGGGGAAGCGUCAGGCCUCCAGAGCGUUCAACCUGUACGCUAACAUCGACAUCCUGCGUCCGUACUUUGACGUGGAGCCGGUUCAGGUCCGCAGCAGGCUGAUGGAGUCCAUGGUACCUGUCCGCAUGAUCACCUUCCCCAGGUACAUCGCAGGUGAGCUGUACGGUCCUCUGAUGCUGGUCUUCACUCUGGUGGCCAUUCUACUGCACGGCAUGAAGACGUCGGACACCGUGAUCAGGGAGGGGACCCUGAUGGGAACAGCUAUAGGAACUUGUUUUGGUUACUGGCUCGGUGUUUCCUCCUUCAUCUACUUCCUGGCGUAUUUGGUCAACGCUCAGAUCACCAUGCUGCAGAUGCUCUCCCUGCUGGGUUAUGGUCUGUUUGGUCACUGCGUCGUCCUUCUCGUCACCUACAACAUCCACUUCCACUUCCUGUUCUACGUCCUCUGGCUGCUGUGUGGAGGACUGUCUACUCUGCGCAUGGUAGCAGCUCUGCUGUCCCGUACGGUGGGUCAGACUCCUCGUCUCCUCCUCUGUGGGACGCUGUCCGUCCUCCACAUGCUCUUCCUGCUCUACCUUCACUUCGCCUACCACAAGAUCGUAGAAGGGCUGCUGGACUCUCUUGAAGGACCCAACAUGGCUCCCAUGCAGCGGGUGGCCAGAGACGUUCCUGAGCUGACCCUGAACGCCACCGUUAGGAGCCUGAGGCCCCUCCCCCUGUCUUACUGAGGCCCCUCCCCCUGUCUUACUGAGGCCCCUCCCCCGUCUUACUGAGGCCCCUCCCCCUGGUCUACUGAGGCCCCUCCCCCUGGUUUACUGAGGCCCUUGCCUACUGAGGCCCCCCCACCUUCAUCCUGGACUCUCUUGAUGUUUUAUUCAAGUUUCUGCUUUAACUUUAAAUAAUCAGAUUCUUUAUAGUCACGUUUCAGCUUCACUCUUAAAUCAUCCUUAACCUUCAUGUUUCUCUUCACUCUGAGUACAUAAGUACAUGAUAAGUACAUCUGUUUGUAUAUUUUACUUUGUAUUUUUAUGUUUUAUGCCUAUGAUUAAACCUUUAUUUUGAAAGGGA